CGGUUACAAGGCAAACAUUUUGGUCCCCCGGCCGUUGGUAAAUUUGGUCGAUCGUGCACCUCGUGGAUAGACGACGACCAAACGAGACGCGCCGGCGAUCAAAUCCAUUUUGACAAGUACGACAUACUUCCGGCGAUCACCGGCGGGGAAAAGGUUGAAGGAGGUACAGCUAGGAGCUAGCGAUCCAUGGACUUCCCUGGCGCGUUGGCCGGCCGCCGCCGCCGCGGCGACAUCCCGGUGCAGCCGCCGGGCGAGGACACGCCGGUCCCCGACUCGUCGGAGAAGAUCUACAUCUCCGCGGUCGCGCUCCUCAAGAUGCUCAAGCACGCCCGUGGCGGUGUGCCGAUGGAGGUGAUGGGCCUGCUGCUGGGGGAGUUCGUGGACGAGUACACGGUGACGGUGGUGGACGUGUUCGCGAUGCCGCAGAGCAGCACGGGCGUGAGCGUGGAGGCCAUCGACCCCGCGUUCCAGGCCGGCAUGGAGGGCAUGCUGCGGCAGACGGGGCGGCCGGAGAUGGUGGUCGGGUGGUACCACUCCCACCCCGGGUUCGGCUGCUGGCUCUCCGACACCGACAUACGCACGCAGCGGAGCUUCGAGCAGGUCAACCCGCGGGCCGUCGCCGUGGUCGUCGAUCCCAUCCAGAGCGUCAAGGGCAAGGUGGUCAUGGACGGCUUCCGCCUCGCCGACCAGGCCACGGCGGUGAUGCUGGGAGAGCCCAGGCAGACCACCUCCAACGUCGGCCGCAUCGUGCAGCCGUCGGCCGGGGCGGUCGUGAAGAUGCUCUGGAUGUUCUACUACCCGCUCAUCAUCGGGCACCGGAUGGGCGAGGGAGAGGAGCGCAUGCUCGCGUGCCUCAGCCGGAAGCGCUGCUCCGACGGGCUCGUGCUGCGAUGGUUCGACGAUGAGAAGAACGCGGCGGCGGUGAGAGCGAUGAGGGACCUCGCGGUGGAGUACGACGCGCAGGUCAGGGAGGAGGACGGGACGCCGCCCGAGAUGCUGGCCGUUGUCAGGGCGGGGAGGACAGACGCCAAGAAGCAGCUCGGGGAGAAAGCAGUGGCCGCCAUGUCCGCCAACAUCCUGCAGACGCUCGGCAUGAUGCUCGACGCGGUCGCGUUCUAGCGACACACUUCUUUACGUGUUCUUUGUGUCAGAUUCUGAUCCUAACUUGGGACUCGUCAGUUCAGCUUAAUCCCUGAUCUCUGUAAAAUGGCUUAGCUUCGUUUACCGACGUUUGUUUCUCUUCAUGUUA